ACUUUUAAGUUUAAAGAAAAACACGUGUGUCUCAUAGAAUUGUAAAAGUUAUUGUGUUAUAUAAAACUAAACAAUUAAUUAUUUUCUUGAAUAAUGAUAUAAUUCAUUAUAACAACUUAAUUAUUUACAAAUUAUUUUAAAAUAAUUUUGAAAUAAAAUAAAUAUUUCUAAAUAAUAAGUGCAAUAAAAAAAGAAAAAUGUAUCUGUUAGAGGUUAAUUGAUUAUAAAAAAUUAAUAUUUAAUAUAUAUACAUAAUUUAUAAUUAUAUUAUUCUUUUAAAAAAAUGUGGUCUAGAAAACAAUUUAAUCAAUUUUUUAAAUAUUCUCAAUUUUUUACGCGGAUUUUGUUAAAAAAACAAUCAACACAAUAUAAUGUAGAUUCUAUGUUGCAUAUUCCAGAACCUGAAUAUGAUGUAGAUUAUAUAUGCAAUCCAUCUAAUCGAGAUAUUAUUUAUAAUAAUAUAUUAGCAAGGAAAAGUAUUGGAAAUAUUGACAAAGUUCUUGAAUUUUCAAAAAAACCAGAAUUAAAGAAAUUAUUCUUAAAUGAAUUGAAUAAAAUACCAAAUCAAAUAGAUCCAAUAGUAUUAUCCUAUGGUACAGAACCAAAAAUUUUAAAAGAAUGUGGACACAAACCAAAAUUUGACUUUGAACCACAAGAAUUUUCAACAAUAGUCACAAAAUUAAAAGCAUUCAAAAGUAAUAUUUUGAAACCCUUAAUAGGACAACGUGGUUAUUUAUUUUUAGGAGAUUUAGCAGAAUUAGAAGAAGCAUUGAUUAAUUAUACAAUCAAAAAAUUAAUGAAAUAUGAUUUUAAACUUGUUUCUGUUCCUGAUAUUAUUCCUACUGAAAUAAUAAAUAGAUGUGGAUUAAUAUCAGAUGAUAAAAGAGAUCUUAUAUAUAACUUAAGUCCACAUUAUGGAAAUUACAGUUUAUCUGGAACAGCAGAAAUGUCUUUAGCUUAUAAAAUAAUGAAUACCAUAUUUGAUUCUGAAGAUUUACCAUUAAAAAUGGCUGCUGUAAGCAGGUGUUUUAGAGCAGAAGUAUCUAAUCUUCAUCAAGAGAAAGGUUUAUACAGGGUUCAUCAGUUCACAAAAGUUGAAAUGUUUGUAUGUUCAAAACAUGAAGAAUCUGCAAAUCAAUUUCAAGAACUUCAAAAUAUUCAAGAAAAUUUAUUCUCUUCUUUAAAUUUACAUUUUCGAAUAAUUGAUAUGCCAUCUAAUGAUUUAGGAUCUCCAGCAUAUAGGAAAGUAGAUAUAGAAGGCUGGAUGCCUGGAAAAAAAAUGUAUGGAGAAUUAUCUAGUUGUAGUAAUUGUACAGAUUAUCAGUCACGAAGACUUGGUAUAAAAUAUAAAACAAAGAAUGGAGAAAUUUUAUAUGUUCAUACUUUAAAUGGAACUGCAUGUGCUAUACCCCGUAUGUUAAUUGCACUAUGUGAAUCAUAUCAAACAAAACAUGGUCGUAUUACAGUUCCAAACAUUUUAGCACCUUACAUGACAGAAAAAAUACUUAUUAAAAAACAAAAAAUUGCAGAUACAAAACUUCAUAAAUUUAAGAUAUUCAAUCUAUAAAUUUAUCAGUACUUAUAUACUGAACAUUUAAUUUUUUCUAACGUUUAAAUAAAAAUAAUAGAAAUAAUAAUUUUAUUAUUAUUUUGUGAAAAUAUAUUUGAGAGAAAAAAUAAUAGAUUUUAGUAGAAUAGAGAUAUUAAUAUUUGAAAGACAAUAUUUUUUAUAAUUUAUUACGAUAUUUUAAUUUUAUAUCUAUAUGCGAAGAUAUGUAUUUAAAUUAGUAAAUAUUGUAUAUACUUUAUCAUGCAUAUAUGUAUAUAUUACAUAAAUCAUUAUAAUAUUUGAUAUUUAAUAUUAUAAUAAUUUAUGUAAUUAAAUAUUUAUUAUUUAUUAUUUAAACUGGAAUUUUAAUUUAUAAAAUAAGAGUAAAAUUGAAGAAAAUAAAAUUUUUACUUUUAAUUAUAUAUAAAUAUUGAAAAUUAUUUUAUUCUUUUGAUUUUCUUUUCAAAGUUAAUUAAUUUUAAAUAUAUUUUACAAUUUCAAAUUAUUUUAUGUAUUAUAUAAUUAUACAUUUCAAAUAUUUAUAACAUUAUAAAUUACUAUUAUAUAGGAAAUUAAAUAGGAUUUAUAGAAAAUUCAAAUAUUAAACACCACCUGACAAUAUAUUUUCUAAAAACUAGUACAAUAUUAUCAUACAAAGAAUGUGGGUUUGAAAAUUAUACGUACACAGGGGUAAAGAUCUUUUCUUCAUUAACUUGUUAUUCUGUAUAUAUUUUGUAGCGGUGUUAUAAAAAUGUAACACAAAAUAUUUUUUCUUAAAGUAAUACAAUUUAAAGACACUGUCAAUUUACAAUCUCCUUUGCUAAUUAGAUGAUAAUGUUUUUUAUUCAUUAAUGAUUAAAAAACUGUAUAUACUUGUCUUGAUAUAUUGUGUCUCAGAAUGAUACAAACUUUAUUUUUUCAAAAUUUUCAUUUAUCAGUGCAAUCCAAUUUCAGUUCAUAUUUUGAUCCAUUUUAAAAAUUUUGGAUAAAAUCCAAAUAUAUAUAUAUAUAUUUUUUUUUUUUUGAUAAUGAAGCUUAUAUUAUUCUGAAAUAAUAUAAAUAAUAAUAUAAUAAUAAAAAUAAUAUAAAGUUAAAAAUAAAACUGUAAAAUAUUGAUUAAACAUA